GAUCCUGGAUCCGGACGAGGUUGACUGCCCCAUCACCUACAUGUCGCAGGGUCUGGAGGACUUGACCGGCUACUUCCGCGCCUGGGCCCUGGGCCGCCAUUUCCGCUUCUUGCUCUUGCCCGAUGCCACAGAGAACCGCGUCUUCAAUGGCCAG